AUGAAGGGUCAGGGAGUGCUCGUGCGGUGGCUUGGUCUGCUGGCCAUGCUCCUGGCCACCGGCAUCCGGCAGUUGUCAACGGGCAUCAGCCCCAACGAGCGCCGUUUCCAGUGCCUGCAGUCGCGGUUAGUCGGCCAGACCAACUGCUCGCCCUGCGCCGAGCUGUACAUCUUCAAUCGGAGCUCGGGCCACCGGCGAUGCGAGCACAUCAACGGGCGGUGCUACCCGCAGCGCACUGUCUUUGCCACCGCCCGCAUGUGCGAGAUCAUCUGCCAGCCGUACAUCCAGCGGGCCACGCUCCACGAGAAGACCACACCGGUGCCAGCGAUCGAGCAGCCCUACUUCGACAGCGACGAGGAGGAAUUCCACUGAGAUUUCAACAAGAAUAAGCUUCAUUUAAUUCA